GUAAAAAAGAGAAAUGGAUUUUGAUGAACAUGAAGAUGAAGAAGAAAUGGGUAUGGCUGUUCCAAUAGGUUACGACUCACUGGGCAACUCAUCAGCAGCUUGGUCAAAAAUGGGACACGUCAGCGGCGGUGAAGGUGCGGCGUCAGUAGCACCAAGAAAAGUGGGAUCAACGAUAAGGUACUGUGAGUGUCUCAAGAACCAUGCCGUGAGUAGUGGAGGCCACGCGGUGGAUGGCUGCGGCGAGUUCAUGGCUGCAGGUGAUGAAGGGACCCUUGACGCUUUGAAAUGUGCCGCGUGUAACUGCCACAGAAACUUUCACCGUAAGGAAGCUGACGGGGAAGGCAAUAUUUAUAAUCCCCACCACCACCAGCACCACCCCCAAUUUUCGCACUAUAUUAGGGCGGCGCCACCAGCCGGGUACCUUCACCUGACGCCACCUCCACAGCACAGGCCUUUGGCCUUACCAGCAGCGUCUGGGGGUGGUAUCGCUGGUGGUUACGGCAGAGAAGAUGAAGACGUUUCGAAUCCUAGUAGCAGUGGCGGUGGAGGAUUAAAGAAGAGGUUUAGAACAAAAUUUACGCCCGAACAGAAAGAUAAGAUGCUGGAUUUCGCUGAAAGGCUAGGGUGGAGGAUUCAAAAGCAUGAUGAAGCUGCUGUGGAGCAAUUUUGUGAAGAAACUGGUGUGAAAAGGCAUGUGCUUAAGGUCUGGAUGCACAACAACAAGCACACUCUUGGUAAGAAACCCUAAAUUUUUAACCAAAAAAAGAAGGAAAAAAAAAGCUUCUUUAUUGUUACUUGAGAGGAAGAAGGGCAACUGGGACAUGUGAUAAUGGGAAAAUGAAGAAAAUCCUUGUUGUGAAUUUAUUAGGGAAUAUUGAACUAGGGUUCUCACCUUUUUUUUCUCUUUCUUUUCUCAAUCUGAUUUUGAUUUUUAUCUAGUUUGUGUUGUUAUUGUCAGUGCUCGAUCAGUGAAGGAUGAUGAUAAUAUGACCUGAUGUUUCUGAUCAGGACAUUGUUGCUAAU